CCCAAUUUUCAUCCCAUCCGCCACACACACACAUUCACAUAUAUACAUACACAUAUACAUAUUGUUUUAGUCAAGCGGUACAAGUAACAUUCUAUAAUAGUCUCUUUUUUUUUUUUAAUUUCUAGCGGUGUUAAAAAAAAAUAGUUUGAUCGUGUUAAAAAAAAAAAACAACAAUCAUGAAUUCUCCAACAAUUAGUGACGAAUCAAAGACAAAACAUGUCCAUCACAACAAAAAAACAGAGGAUUCAAAACCAUAUAGAGGAAUUCGUAUGAGAAAGUGGGGAAAAUGGGUGGCUGAGAUUCGCGAACCAAAUAAACGUUCACGAAUAUGGUUAGGAUCAUAUUCAUCACCAAUAGCGGCUGCACGUGCAUAUGACAUAGCUGUUUUUUAUCUACGUGGGCCCACAGCUAGGCUUAAUUUUCCUGAUUUGAUAGAACGUGCAAGUGGGUGUAAUUUUGGAAGUGAAUUAUCGGCUGCUGCUAUUAGAAAAAAGGCAACUGAAGUCGGGGCGAAGGUUGAUGCUUUGCAACAUAGAGAAAAUAAAAAUUUGGGUCGGGUUUGUUUGAAUGCGGAUUUGAAUGAGUAUCCGAGUCCGGAAUCGGAUGAUGAGAAUGGAAUGGUGGUGGAAAGUUAAUUUAAUUAUUUGAUAGUUAAUAAUAUAUUUUCAGAGCGCUGUCUUACAUCAUAGCUCACUCAAAUAUCAAGAUUGGGUACGAUUAUUCGUUAUUGAUAUAUAUAUUGUGGGUUUAACCAUGUUCGAUCAAGAAGCCUAGUGGUAAAAUCUUACUCGAUAAACAUCGAGUUAUGUGGUUCAAAUCUUACUAUGUAAACAUUAUGUUUUUGGAAUGUUUGUAGAUGGAAAAAGUCUAAAAAUCGACCACAAAAGACAUGUUGGGUCGCGUACAUUAAAAUAGAUGUGUUCCGGUAGCCUCAGAUGUGUGUGUUGGGAUUAGUCGAUGGAAUUAAGGUUUGUUAAAUUAUGUAUAAAUUAAAAGAUGGUAUUACUCCGUAUUUGGGAUGCAUGGGUGUAGUUUAUGUUGGAGAAUUUAGAUGGACAUUAGCUAUAUCCGAAGGGAUUAUUAUAAGUUUUAGGUUUUUGGUAUUGUAUUGAAAAUAAUAUCGUUUAUAGUAAUAUUUAAUCUUUAAAUUAA